AUGACUUCUAAAAAUACUGAUUCUGCAGUCUGUGUCGAAGAGCGCCGUCAUCUUAAAAAGGAUCAAUAUAUACGAAAACGUGUUAAGCAACUUGAAACUUAUUGCAAAGAAAAGGGAUUAUCACCACCUCCACUUUCAGAUUCUGAGCAUUUGCACA